UUCAUUUAUUCAGUGGGAGAAUUUGGCUGACUCGAAUUUGAUGUUUAGCAUGACUUCCCGGACACUCGUUGACCAUCACGCGAGGCUGUCGGACGUCCUGAGCGGUGGAAGCGGCUUCGAAAAUGGACAACGCCACGGCGAGCGGUUUGAAGGGGAUCGGGCGAAAUCAUAGUAACUAUGUGAUACCCGGACUCUAUGACCUCUCCACGGAGGACACCAACUGGGUGCUGACCUCGUCCUUUAUCAUUUUCACAAUGCAAACGGGAUUUGGCAUGCUGGAGUCUGGCUGUGUGUCAAUCAAGAACGAGGUCAACAUCAUGAUGAAGAACGUGAUCGAUAUUGUGCUUGGCGGAUUCACCUAUUGGCUCUUUGGCUACGGCAUGAGCUUCGGCCGUGGGCCGCUCUCCAAUCCGUUCAUAGCUAUUGGAGACUUUCUUUUGGAUCCGCCCGUUGGCGAUGCCCUGAUGGGUCAGAUAUUUGCUGCCUUUCUUUUCCAGCUCUCGUUUGCCACCACGGCCACGACCAUUGUGAGUGGCGCGAUGGCAGAGCGUUGCAACUUUAAGGCCUACUGCCUGUUCUCGUUCCUCAAUACGGCUGUCUAUUGCAUUCCCGCUGGCUGGGUGUGGGGCGAGCAUGGAUUCCUCAAUAAACUGGGCGCCGUGGAUAUUGCCGGCAGCGGACCCGUGCAUUUGAUUGGCGGUGCAUCGGCCUUUGCCUCGGCCGCUAUGCUGGGUCCGCGUUUGGGCCGCUACUCCGAGGGCUAUGAUCCUCUGCCGCUGGGCAAUCCAGUCAACGCCUGCAUGGGCUUGUUUGUGCUCUGGUGGGGAUGGCUAGCCUUCAAUUCGGGCAGCACUUACGGCGUUAGCGGAGCGAAGUGGCAGUAUGCAGCGCGAGCGGCCGUAAUGACGAUGAUGGGCUCCUUUGGCGGCGGCUUCACUAGCUCCAUAUUCUCAUUUUGGCGGCACGACGGUGGGAUGGACAUCAUGGAUCUCAUCAAUGGAGUGCUCGGCUCGCUGGUGUCCAUCACGGCCGGUUGCUUCUUGUAUCGCGCCUGGGAGGCCUUGGUAAUUGGUGCGAUCGGUUCGUUGCUCUGUGUGCUGGCUAUGCCCCUGUUCGAUCGCUUGGGCGUGGACGAUCCAGUGGGUGCCAGUGCUGUGCAUGGCGUCUGCGGAAUCUGGGGUGUUAUCGCCGUGGGACUGUUUGCCGACAAUCCCAUACCUCUAGACACGACCAACGGACGCAUGGGUCUGUUCAAGGGCGGUGGCUGGUACUUGCUCGGUAUUCAGACCCUUUCUGCACUUUGUCUGGCAUCUUGGGGCAUUUGUUCAACGUUUCUGCUCCUCUAUGUGAUCAACAAGAUCAUACCCAUACGCAUGGAUCCGCACGAGGAGCUGCUGGGCGCCGAUCUCACCGAGCAUCGUAUACGUCACAGUCAAAUUGGUCUGUCGCGUGCCAUCUCCGCCCUAGCGCCCAUUCAAGUGGAUCUCAAGAAUAUAGCUGGGGUCCAGCCAAUCGGCAUUAAUCCUGGCCACGAGCGCAGCAUCGACCAACUACGUGCGGCCGAGGACAAGCUGUAUCAGUGGCAAUCGUACCUGGAGCAGGUGAGCAAUCCGCGGAUAACCCGACAUAAAUUGGUCGCUGAUUCGGACAUCACCUUCAAACCUAAAACGCCGAGCAAGCCUCCGGGAAAUGUCUUCAGUCGCAGACCACUCACAAGAGAGCUCAUUAGCGAUGGCUUCUAUCGUCCCAACAACAGCGAGUUGCCUGUGAUUGGAGCUACCAUAUCCAAUAAGCUGGACAAAGAUCCAAACUUUGCUUGGGUUGAUUAGUCAGAUAUUAGAUUGUUACCCCAAAAUAGGGGAAACCAAGUAGACACGCUGUUUUAGAGGAAAUGUAAACAUUUGAAUGGGCUGAGUAGAUCUCAUGCUCAAACUUGUAAUAAAAUAUAUUAAAUGUA